GCCUUACUGGAUGUAGCUGCUAAUGAAGGCUGGCUGGUGACGGCCAUCAGCAUCAUUAACCUGGUGCAGAUGAUCAUUCAGGGCCGCUGGCUGCACGACUCCUCACUUCUGACUCUGCCACACAUUGAACAACAAGAUCUCCAUCUGUUCAGGAAAUGGGCAAACAGGAAGGGGAGGAGCGACGGGGGAGGCUUCAGCGGGCCAAUCGAAGGACUCCCUGAGCUGAUUGCUGCCUGCAGGGGAAAAGAAAGUGUUUUCACUUCUAUCAUCGGCCAAGAGCUGCAGUCAAAUCAAAUCGCACAGGCCUGGUCCUUCCUCAGCAGUCUCCCGGUGCUGGAGGUGGACAUGAGUGUGAAGGGCUGGUGGGAGGAGAGCCAGGAGCAGACGGAGCGCCGCCUCCCCGCAGCCAGAGCCAACCUGAGGGAGGAGAGCAGCUGGCUGGACGUCCACGCUGACCAGGAGUACGUCCUGCAGGUGUCUCUGAGACGCAUCAACCAGGGCCAGCAGAGGAGGAAGCAGGACAGUAAGGCCCAGGCUCCCCGGUUCCCCAAGUCCAAGGAUGAAGGCUGGUUCCUGGUGGUGGGGGAGGUGGAUCGCAGGGAGCUGCUCGCCGUCAAGCGGAUCGGCUAUGUACGCAACCGCACAACCGUGUCGGUCGCCUUUUACACGCCGGAGAAGACGGGAAGGUGUAUCUACACGCUGUACCUGAUGAGUGACAGCUACCUGGGGCUGGACCAGCAGUACGACAUCCACCUGAACGUCACACCUGCCAGCAUCGCUGCUCAGGUCAACACAGAGGUGACUCAGUGAGCGGCCUGACCCUCAGCUGAGCAAAAGAAGAACGAUCAUCAGCAGCCAAACUUCAGACGUGUUUGUUUUUAUGUUUUUCAUUCACAGCUUUGUAUCAGAUUCAGUUAUUAUGUCCUGAAGUUUAUUAAAGCUUCUGAGGAAGACAACAAACGGAA